AUUUCCCUUCUCCAUUAAUUCUCAUUCAAGCAAGCUAUACUUAUAAAAUCCACAUAUAUACUCCACAAUCAACAACACUAGGACUCAAUCUUUCAAAUUACUCACAAGCUAGCUAGCCAUUGAAAUUGAAGUAGUCAUCACUGAACCACACUUGUAAUAUUGUCAUUGUCCAACAAGAAAGUUAGCAAAUUAAAGAUGGUGAUGGAGAUUCGAAGGAAGCUGAUGCUGAAGCAUUUGAUCACGAAGGUAAUGAAGGGUACUCUUCCAUUCUUGGCACUCUUGAAUAGAGCACAUCAGAGAAGGGGUGCAUAUAUUGAUGAUGAUGAUGAGAGUGAAGUUACAGCAACAACAGUGCCAGAAGAUGUUAAAGAAGGACAUUUUGCUGUGAUAGCAAUGCAGGGUGAAGAAACAGAGAGGUUUAUUGUUGAGUUAGAUUAUUUAACAGAUCCUGCUUUCUUGAAACUUCUGGAGCAGGCUAGUGAAGAGUAUGGUUUUGGACAGACAGGUGCUCUUGCAGUACCUUGCAGGCCACAAGAACUUCUCAAGAUCAUAGAGAAUCGAAGAUCAGUGGAUCAUAGUGCCUCUUCAUAACACUACUUUUAUGUGUGUAUGAAAACUAUUAUAUAUAUAUACAGCCAUAUUCAUUUUUGCCCCUUAUUCUUUGGGUAAAACAUGGAUCAAAUUUCCAAUUUUUUGCAUAGGUAAGACAUCUGGGCAGGGAGUAGAGUUCUACCUAUUGUCAAAGUGUUCUUUCUUUCUUUUUCUCGAACAUAUGUAAUGUGUACUGUUCAUUACUGUGAUAACAACUUUCUUUAAUUAACAGAAUGAAAAGAAUACAAAUUUAAUUUA